AUGUUCUGCUUAAUAAAAUUAUUUGUGAUACUUCCUUCCAGGUCUCUCUCAGGACGCAUUGUGGGCGGUGUCUGGUGGUUUUUCACACUCAUCAUCAUCUCAUCUUAUACAGCAAACUUAGCGGCCUUCUUGACAGUAGAGAGGAUGGUAUCCCCCAUCGAGAGUGCUGACGAUUUGGCUAAACAAACAGAGAUAGCAUAUGGAACCUUAGAUUCUGGAUCUACAAAAGAAUUUUUUAAGAGAUCUAAAAUAGCUGUGUUUGAAAAAAUGUGGACUUACAUGCGUUCGGCGGAACCCUCGGUUUUUGUUAAGACCACUGAGGAAGGGAUGAACAGAGUGAGAAAGUCUAAAGGCAAAUAUGCAUAUCUCUUGGAGUCCACGAUGAACGAAUAUAUAGAACAGAGAAAACCCUGUGACACCAUGAAGGUGGGAGGUAACUUGGAUUCCAAGGGCUAUGGCAUUGCCACCCCAAAGGGGUCACCUCUGAGGUAUGUAGCUGAGCAUUGCUUUAUUGUACAUUGA